CAGCUUGCAAAGAGAGUGCACAAAAAUCAUUGCCUCUAAUGAAUGAGAACAUCUACACAGAGAUACCAACAGAGGACAACACACAGGUGGCAUCGAUUGUAACGAGUGAUCAAAUCUACUCGGAGAUAACAACUUCCCAGGACAAUGUACAGAUACCAUUGCCUGUAAUGAACGAUCAUAUAUACUCAGAUCUUAAAACAGAAUACAACACAAAUGCUUCCAAGCAUACCGAUACAGCUGCAGGGAAAGAGAAUAUUAGGAGGAAUUAUGUCAUAGCACUAAUUGUUGUGCUUAUCAUCAUAAUCUGUGUACUGUCAUCCAUUCUCAUUGUACAGAACCUGGAACAGGAAAAUGGGGAAACUGCUUGUGAAGGAGGAUGGUACCAGUUUGGAGAUACUUGUUAUCAGUUCUCAAACAGUUCUGUAACAUUCGAUGACGCCGUGAAAAUGUGUAUCGGUGUUUCCAGUGGUGCAAUCCUUCUUGAGAUUCGGAGUCUUGAGGAAGAAAUAUGGAUUAGAUUUAUGAUGAAAUUACAAGGCUUGACAACAACAUGGAUGGGUAUAACAGAUUCCCUCGAUGAAGGCACAUUUGUGUUCGUCUCUAGUGACAAAAAGAUACAGAAUGUAUACGCCCACUGGGACAGGGGGCAACCAGAAGGUGGUAAGAGCGAGAACUGUGGACUGCUUCUGCUGGGUUACGAAGCAUGGCACGACUUUCCUUGCAGUUUUAAAUAUGAAUACAUCUGCGCGAAAGCAAGAUUGUGCCGUAACUAAUUUUAUUCAAGGAAGUCAAAUUAAAUAUCUGGCAAAAAGAUUUCAUUUCCUGUUUUCGCAACAAAUUAUACUACAGUACAUUAUGAAGAGUUGUUGUUGUUGAUACAUACAUGUAUUUGUAUAUUUAAAAUAAAACAAUUAUUCUGAAU